ACUCUUUCGGACAAGCUCAAGCUCCCUCCACAAUCGCUUGCAAGGCUGGUCGUGUCACUCCUCCCGCGGCGGCGAGAGCGAGCUAGCUAGCUAAGGCUGGGCAUGGCGAAGGACGAGGUGAUGGAGAGCGGCGGCGCCGGCGAGUUCGCGGCCAAGGACUACACGGACCCGCCGCCGGCGCCGCUGGUCGACGCGGCGGAGCUGGGCUCCUGGUCGCUGUACCGCGCCGUCAUCGCCGAGUUCAUCGCCACGCUGCUCUUCCUCUACAUCACCGUGGCCACCGUCAUCGGGUACAAGCACCAGACGGACUCCGCCGUGGGCGGCGCCGACGCAGCGUGCGGCGGCGUGGGCGUCCUCGGCAUCGCGUGGGCGUUCGGCGGCAUGAUCUUCAUCCUCGUCUACUGCACCGCCGGCAUCUCCGGCGGCCACAUCAACCCGGCCGUCACGUUCGGCCUCUUCCUGGCGCGCAAGGUGUCCCUCGUCCGCGCCAUCCUCUACAUCGUCGCGCAGUGCCUCGGCGCCAUCUGCGGCGUCGGCCUCGUCAAGGCGUUCCAGAGCUCCUACUACAACCGGUACCAGGGCGGCGCCAACAUGCUCGCCUCUGGCUACUCCAAGGGCACCGGCCUCGCCGCCGAGAUCAUCGGCACCUUCGUGCUCGUCUACACCGUCUUCUCCGCCACCGACCCCAAGCGCAACGCCCGCGACUCGCACGUCCCGGUCUUGGCGCCGCUGCCAAUCGGGUUCGCCGUGUUCAUGGUCCACCUCGCGACGAUCCCGAUCACCGGCACCGGCAUCAACCCGGCGAGGAGCAUCGGAGCCGCCGUCAUCUACAACAACGAGAAGGCGUGGCACAACCAUUGGAUCUUCUGGGUCGGCCCGUUCGUCGGGGCGGCGAUCGCAGCGUUCUACCACCAGUACAUCCUCCGGGCCGGCGCCAUCAAGGCCCUCGGCUCCUUCAGGAGCAACGCGUAAGGAGAGCUCGAGCCAUUGGUGGUUAAUGGCUGGAAGGCGUUGAAGCAAGGUUGGCCAUGAUGAGGUUUUCUGGUGUUAAGAAUUCUCCCUUUGAAAGUACCAAAAAAAAAAAGUAUUUCAAGUUCGCCGCUGCUCUCGUCGUGUUGUGUGGAAGAACAUCUCUCCAUGUGUUGUAAUCUGUUUGAUCGAAGGGAUGCCAUGUUAAUUUAGCCUGUAUUCCCAUUUAAUUUAGCGACGAUAAAAGCAUCGAUGUGCUGCCUCUUUCUAUCUGAAAUAUAUCAGUCAGUUUAUCAA